AUGGGCAGUGAUAACAACGUUCGUGUCCUGCCAGUCACAGAAGCCGAUGACAUAACUAGAUGCUUCGAGAUUGCCGCAGCGACCUUUGGAAAGCAGACGGCAGACGAUAUCUGGAUCGCCUUCAACCCGGGUUGGGAUACUCCCGAGGGGAAGAUGAAGGGCAUCUCGCGCAUGAGGGACCAAUGGUCUACGGCGACGGUGGAUAGAGCAGGACAGCUCAAUACAAUCUUCCUCAAAGGGACGGUUCUAGACUCGGCCGGGAGUGAAGUUAUGGCAGGCAUGGCCCUUUGGCUUCAGAUCUCGACAAUCGUGGGGUACGGCGACGCCCCGAGAUACAAUCUCGCAGAAGCCAUGGACUUGGAUACCCUCUAUCCGGGGGACCCAUCGACCCACAGGUACCUAUGUCAGAUGGACAAGUCCCUAACGAAGCAACGAGUCAAAUGCGUCGAGGAGGCUGCGUCGCUGUCUCCCCCAGCCGUUCUAGUGCUAGAACUCUGCGCUGUCGACCCGGCUUUUCAACGAAGAGGCGUGGCGUCCAAGCUAGUGCAAUGGGGCGUCGACGAGGCGGCACGGCGAGGAGGCCUGGAAGCUGUGGUAGAAGCGUCCACAAUGGGCAAGCCGCUGUACAGCCGUCUAGGAUUCGAGCAGGACGGGCCCGAGAUAGAGUACCACCUUGACGAUGAGUUCAAAGACCGUGUACACCUUUCCAAUGUCUUCAUGCGGACUGGCCGGCCAUAGACAAGGAUGACAUUGACAGAUGACAUUGACAUAGGUGUUUGGUGGUGCUGUCCCAUUCGGAAUAAUUCGCCAAUUUAGGGAGCCUGCAGAACGUUGCACAACGUGAAAUCUCGUGCCGCUGUAAUACCAGAAUACCUGGAUGGUAUCCUUACUUUACUACCGAGAUCUGUGCUCUGCGGUUGGAGAUGCAUGGAUGUCAGCUUCUGGGCGCCUGCAGUAUCGGUAGA